GACGAUAUGCAGUGUUUAGAAAUUCAUCGAUCCUUAUACAAUUUUUGAUGAUUUUAUAUAUCUUUUUGAUUUCUGACUGUCAAUCCGUUAAGCCACGGGGAGAAUGUUACAUAUGUGUAAACAAGUCUGUCUGCCUUUUUCGUUGCUCAUUCUGUGUGUUUCAUCUGAGUAUGUUAAUGAUGCAUAUAAACAUCCAACCUGGCAACAAACUACACAUUCGUCUAAUUUUGGAGCCGAAAAAGCAGUGGACGGCUUGAAAUCUGACUUAUCUGCCGAGGGGCAUCAGUGUAGCAUUUCUGCCAAUAACCAAAGAGUGGCAUCUUGGCGAGUCAAUCUGCUUGAGAGAAAGUUUAUUCAUCAUAUAGUGAUAUAUUAUAGAACAGACAAUUUUGCUUGGGAUGAAAAUAAUGCUUUAGCUGGGAGAUUUCUAGGGUUUUCUAUCUAUGUAUCAGACACUGAAAAUAAGGAUGAUGGCAGAUUGUGUUUCCAUGACACUGAGUACAACUUGACAACAAUACCAAGUGUCCUAAAUAUCACGUGCAAAAUAUUCGGCCAGUAUGUAAUUUAUUAUAAUGAAAGGAAAACCGACAAAGUUUACCCGGAUGGUUAUUCAAAAUAUGCUUUCAAUGAACUUUGCGAAGCAGAGGUUUAUGGUUGUGCCUCGGGGUUUUAUGGACCAAACUGUUCACUUCCUUGCCAGGCAAAUUGUCAGACUUGUAAGGCAGAUACAGGCGCCUGUUUAUCGUGUAAUGUUGGGUACAUGGGAGAAAAUUGUGAUUUCAGCUGUGAAUCGGGAACUUUUGGUAUUAACUGUUCCAGUAUAUGUGGAGAGUGUACAGGAAACUGUGAUCAUAGAUUUGGAAAUUGUUCUCAGGGAUGUAAAGCGGGAUUUAAAGGAAUCAUUUGCAAAGAGAGCCAUUUCAAUAUUUCAGCUUGUGAACCAGGAAAGUUUGGAAGUAAUUGCAUUCAAGAUUGUGGAAUGUGUGUGGGGGAGUGCUUUCAUAUAAAUGGAACAUGUAUCGGAGGAUGUCAACCCGGAUAUAAGGGUUCUUUGUGUGAUAGGGAAUGUUCCAAAGGUCGAUAUGGCAUUGAUUGUACAGAAUAUUGUGGACAGUGCGAAGGAGAAUGCAGUCAUGUGCAUGGAACGUGCCAAGGCGGAUGUAAGCCUGGUUAUUUAGGAUUAACAUGUCAAAAAGAAUGUGAUUUGGGAAAAUAUGGUGUAAACUGUAGUAGAUAUUGUGGAAAGUGUAAUGGAAGAUGUAAUCAUGUUGACGGAAGUUGUGCUGAGGGGUGUAAAGCAGGUUACAAAGGAGAAAUGUGCCAUGAUGUUUGUGAUUUUGGGUAUUUUGGAGUUAAUUGUCAUCAGGAGUGUAGCAUGUUUUGCUCAACAUCGCGCAACUGCAGUACAACCAGUGGCAAAUGUAUUAAUGGAUGCAAAGACGGAUGGGAAGGAAUGGAUUGUCUAAAGAUAAUUUUUCCGAAGGAGAGCAAACUUCUAGGAUCAAUGGAAACAGUUAUGGCACUGUCAGUCAGCCUGUUCAUCAACAUAUGUCUUAUGUUGAUCUAUUGCAUAAACAGGCACGACUCUGCUAUGGUAAGAAAACAACAAAAGACAGAUUUUCGUAGUUCCCGACAGGAUUUCAUGUCAGUGGGAAAUCAGACAGGACCAAUAACUCUUGAAGUCGAGGAACAACACAACGAAGGGAGUUAUACGGAACUGCAAUUUCUAAAUAACAACACAAAUAGUGACUAUUACAAUUUGUAAAGAAAUAAAAAUAUUGAGUCUUGAUUAUUUA